UCUCCGAGACAGACGGAGAAUGCGGAGUGCGUCAGCCUAUCUCGCUCGCAUUUUAUUCAGAUUUCGUGGAAGCGAUCCGAGAGGCACGAUUUAGUCGCGUUUUCAGUCGUUUUUUGUUCGCCGCUUCGUUCAGUACCGGUCGAGCGUUAUUUUCGCUUAAAUCGUCGCAGGAAACGAAGAAGAAGAAGAAAAUGCCGGAGCAGAUUGAAACCGUGAACGGAAACGGAACGCCAGACGUCGAACAGGAACUCGUGGUACCGCCGAAAAGCGUACCAACGGAACCCGGCGGCCUCCAAGAACCGCCGCCGCAGGAGUUGCAGGAAAACGGGAAUCGCGUCGACGUUUCAGAUACUUUUGUCUCGGCAGAGAAGAUCGCGGAAGAAACGACAGGCGAAGAACCGCCGUCGCGGGAGUUGCAGGAAAAUGGCAAUUCCGUUGGGGUUUUAGGGACUUUUGUUUCGGACGAGAAGACGGCCAAAGAACCGCCGAAAGCGGCGACGCUGCAGGAUUUGCAGGAAAACGGGAAUUCCGUCGAAGUUUCAGGAACUUUUGUAUCGGACGAGAAGACCGGCAAAGAACUGCCGAAAGCGGCGACGCUGCAGGAUUUGCAGGAAAACGGGAAUUCCGUCGAAGUUUCAGGAACUUUCGUAUCGGACGAGAAGACAAUAGAAGAAACGAGCGGCGAAGAACCGCCGAAGGCGGCGGCCUUGCAGGAUUUACAGGAAAACGGGAAUCCCGUCGAAGUUUCAGGUGUUUUUGUGUCGGAAGAGAAGAGCGCGGAAGAGCCGCCCUUGCCGCCCAAGAUCGUGCGAGCGGAACCAGUCGGUUCGGAAACCAAUCAUACCGAAGUCCAUCCGAUAAAAAAGAGAGCCUUGCUUACGGGCUUAGACAUCCCAAGUGUGAAGCUGGCAUAUGAAGAGGUACGCUCUGAUGGGAAUGACACCCAAUGGGCGGUGUUCAAGUUUGAAGGGCCGCAAAUCAAAUGCUCAGCGAAAGGAUCGGAUUUUAAACAAUUCCAAAGUCAAUUCAGCGAAGACGAGAGGGCGUUCGGAUACAUAAGGGUGCAGACCGGCGACGAAAUGUCCAAAAGGCAAAAGUUCCUUUUGCUCACGUGGGUAGGUCCUUCGGUCAGCGUUUUGAAGAGGGCCAAGAUGUCCACCGAUAAAUCUUUGAUAAAGGAUAUUGUUUCCAAUUUCGCCAUAGAACUCCAAACCGAAAAUCUAGCCGAUUUAGAUCUGGAUUAUUUCGUAGCGGAACUAAACAAAGCCGGAGGUGCGAAUUACGGCACCGGAAUCAGAGAAAGUUAAAGAGAGAAAUUGUAAAACGUCCGGAUUCUUAACAUAAUGAUUUGAUUUAACCGGUAACGUUCUCAACGCCAUAUUAGAAGCUAUGUAUUUAUAUGUAAAUAGGAUUUUUACUUGUACGGUUUGCACUACGAUCCUUCGUCGAAGUUGAUCAAAACGCGAUGCUUGAACUACGAUACUUUGAAUUUAGAUGUAUUAUUUUAUUGUCGAGUUAAGUGUGGGUUUAUUAUUAUAUACAUAUUGUGCAUUAUGCUUUGUGAUUAGAUACGUCCUAUUUUAAUCGGGAAGUCAUCUUUCCUUCAUUUAGUUUUAUACUCGUAAGUAACUUUCCGUUUAUAAUAUAUUUCCCAGAAUUUUACCAAAUAUAUAUAAUAUCAACAAAAA